CUGCCUCUGCGAUAUUCCCCUUGGGACCGGUGGCGGGCCGUCCUCCCCGAGAGACUCCAUGCCGGGCGGACUCUGCUGGGCCGUGCUGCUCUGGGCCGUGGGAGGACUGACCUCUGCUCAGCCUGACGCAGAGGAAGAGGUUAUUCAAAACCUGACGCUGGAGCCCAGGAAAAUAAAGCUCACCUGGCAGAGCCCCGUCAACAUCACCGAUGCUACCUGUGCCAUCAGCCAGGUGGGCAACCUUUUCACCGAAGACGAGCCAGAGGAGGACACCAACCUCUACUAUUGCGUAUUUGAAAAUCACCGUUUGUGUAAAGGAGCCAAUUUUACAGUUAAUGUUACCACUCCCCAAGGAUCAUUCACAAAACAACUCUUCUUUACUAACAAAGGGAGGGAAGGGUCGGCAGCAGAAAAUUUCACCUGCGUCGUCUACGAUAGUAAAUUCCUGAAUUGCUCGUGGACCGUGGGCAAGAAAGCCCCAAAGGACGUCCAAUAUCGUCUGUAUUCCCAGGCCUCGAGGACGGAUGAGGAGAGAGAAUGUCUGCAGUAUCGAGCCAAUGCCUGCGGAAUCCAUGUCGGAUGCCACUACGGUAACCUGUCUAUGUUUAAAAGAAACAAUUACUUCUUCGUCAAUGGGUCCAGCAGUGAGGCGGAGAUCCGGUUUUACGACACGACGUCCACGUUGCUCGAUCGGAUCGAACAGUAUAACCCCCCACGAAAUAUCAAGGUGAACUGCAGCAAGUCAAACUGUCUAAUUCAGUGGGAAAAGACUGUUACGGCCUUAAACCCUCAAAGUCAUGAAGUGACGUAUCAACUGGACAUUCAGAGAAAGGGUGGAGAUACCAUCCCUCAGAUCUGUCAGGACGGGGAGAGCCAGGGGACGUUUUACCACUUCCCCAGCUACGACGAGCGAGCCGAGUACUCCGUGAGAAUAAGAGUGGGAAACCGCCGCCGUCCGGGCGUACUCUGGGGCCCGUGGAGCGAACCCAUAAGGUUGGGGUCCGGAGAGCAGGCCGGGAGCCCGUGGUUGGUCUGGGUGCUGGUGGUCUUCGGGACCCUCGUGUUCGCCCUGGGCAUCCUCUGCCUCUGGAAAAGGUUCCUUGGGACACAAAAGUUCUUCGCUCGGAUUCCCAGGAUUAAGGACAGUUUAAAUGACUUUCCUUUCCAAAGCAACCAGAUCAUCUGGGAGGAAUUCAGACAGCCUCCGGAACAGUGUGAGAUCGAAGUGAUCCGGUCUGUAGGGGAAAAGACUUAACGAGAAGCGAGCCUGGGAUUCGGACCCCCCCACCCGACCCCGCCGGGUUCUCAUCUUGGCUCCUCCCCUCGUCUGCUGUGUGACCUUGGGCGAGUCGCUUCACUCCUCUGUGCCUCAGUUCCC